UUGUAGGUGGAGGUUAUGAUUGUUAUUAAUUUUUAAUUCAAGUUAUUUUAAUAUUUGUGAAGAAACAGUAUAAAUAAGACUACAUAAAAAUAAAUCACUAUGAUUGAGAUAACGGAUACUCAAAAAAUUGGUGUUGGUCUGGCGGGGUUUGGUAUGACAUUCCUUUUCCUCGGAGUUCUGCUGCUGUUUGAUAAAGGCUUGCUAGCUAUUGGAAAUAUACUUUUCAUAUGUGGACUUGCAUGUGUCAUUGGACUCCAGAGGACAUUCUUCUUCUUUUUCCAAAGACAUAAAGUGAAGGCAUCUGUUGCAUUUUUUGGAGGCAUCAUCAUAGUCCUAUUAGGAUGGCCUAUGAUUGGAAUGAUAGCCGAGAUCUACGGCUUUCUGCUGUUGUUCAGGGGUUUCCUGCCAGCAGCUAUAAACUUCCUCAGAAUGGUUCCUGUUUUGGGAUCAUUGCUUAACCUACCUAUUAUAAGAGGGAUUGUAGACAGGAUAGCAGGUGAUACGGGUCGGAACAUGGAUGGAUAAUUAAAUUGAAGAAGAAAGAAAACAUUAACAACGUUGCCUUGCAGUAAACCAUUUUUUAGCAAAGUUUAUUAGAAAAGAACAUGUAACUGUUGUAUAAAAUCGAUGGUAAAAUGUAUGUUAUGUACAAUAUUAUUAUUUUUUACGAGGUUCGCCAUUUUAAGUACUGUUUACUGUUUUGUCAUAUUUCAGGUAAAUUACGUACUUAUUUCUCUACAUAAUAAAGCUGUAACUACAUUCCAACAUUUGAAAUCAUUGUAAAUAUAGUAUUUUUGUUCUGUGUUU